AUGGACGCGGUGGUGGCGAUGGACAAUGGAGUGGUCGACGAGGUCGAUGCCGGGCUUGAACGAGGUGAUGACCCGCAGGCAGGCGCCGAAGAGGAGGAGCCUGUGACGCCACCACCACCGGCGUAUGAGCGACCGGCGCUUGCGCUGCCACAUUCAACAUGGGUCGAGCUGAGACUGAGGCUGGUCUUCCCGCAGGGCAUUGUGUGGACCAAGCGGGUGAAUCUGGCGGCGACAGUGGCGGAGAUCAAGCGGUUCCUGGUGCGGAAGCACGGCAACUCGGUCCGGAACAUCGCGCUGUACAACGGCGAGCGGGCACCAGAGAACGAGCUUUGCGACGAUGCGGCAUCACUGUAUGGUGCUGGCGUUGCGGUAUCGUCGGCGGUGGGCGCCCGCAACAACGCGACCGUCGACGCGCCGGCUGCCGACAAGCUCGCUGUCUUUGCCGCCUACGAGACAGCAGUGGCAGAGGCUGUGGCGUUCUCGGGCAAGACCGGCAAGAAGGGCCGCCGAAAGGGCAAGCGGGGCAAGAAAAAAGGCGCUGCCAAGGGCGCUGCCUCGCCAGCAAGCAUGGCAUCGCCCGACCCGGUUCAGCUCACGCACCGCCUACCGACUGCCCCAUCGCCCGGUGACGCGCUGCCAGCGGUGGACCUCUGGUACGACUUUGACAUUCCGCGCCAGCACUGUGCGCUUGUGCGGCGGCCUCCGGAUCUCUCGGUGUAUAAUCUGGCGUCUGCAGCGCAGAAACCCGUCGAAUCCGCCGCAGCCCGCUCCUCGCUCCUGGGCAGCACCCGAUCGCGCCUCCUCCGCCCGCGAUCCGGCCCCAUGACAGCCGAGACCGGCCCAAAGGCUAUCGGGACCGAUCCCAAGGCGCCGGCAGGCGUCUUUGCGCCAGCCUCGCGGAAAGAGGAGAUUGCGCUGCUGCUUCUGCUGCACCAGGUUGUUUCAAACGAGCCCGCCCAUGACGACGCGCCGCUAGAGGCAUCGUCGUUCAACUCGGUGGCGCUCGAGUUUGCGAACGAGAACCCGGGUGUGCCCGAGCUUGUCCUCACCUUUCUCCUCGCCGGGCAGCACGCGCUGGUGGCUGAGUCGCUCGAGCUUGCUCUCACCCACGCCGCCACUGACGCGAGCCUCCUCAUCCAGUACGCGCUCACGCUCGAGGCCGCCGGCGAGCAUGCGCGCGCGGCGCUGACUCUGCAGCGCGCAGCCGAGCUCGAGCCACGAUCGCCGUUUGUUCGGGUUCUCCAGGCCAAGCUCCACCUCAACCGGCUCGGCGAUACCCAGCUCGGACUGCGAGCUGUCAAGCGCGGCCUCAAGCUUUUGGCCAAGGGCAAGGCGGUGUCGUCCGACAGUCUCGCCGCUCUGGAGCCGCCGGCCGAGGCGCUGCUCAAGGUCGCCCACUCGCGAGCGGGCACAUCUCACCGCGCUGGACACGCUCGGGCGCGCGGUUGCGCUUGAUCCGACCUCGCCGGGCGUCCUCUACUCGCUUGCGCUCUUGCACACCGAGCUCCGCAACUACCCGAUUGCCAUCGAUACCAUCCGCGAGUCGUUGCGGUUUGACGGCUCGUCGUCGCGUGGCUGGCACCUGCUUGCUGUCCUCCUCACCGGCAUCAAGG